AUGAUUAUAAAGGACGUCAGAUACGUUUUGUUAUAUCAGUUUUGUUUUCAUACAUUGGCCAUGGUAGAGUUAUCGCAUGAAGAUGGUUGGACUAUGUUUAAUGAACAACAACCAUGGGAGUUCUCUGAAGUAGAAGAACUGCCUUACGCAUCAACAGAUCUUGUAAGCGAAGAGCGAGAAGCAGAAUUUGAAUGGCAAGAUAUUAUCGAAACAGAAGAUGGUCGUCUUGAGACUGAGACCCGCAUAUUGCCUGACGAAUUGGAAGAGCCAUCAUGGGGACAUGAAGAAGAUCAAGAACGAGUAGAAAAAGCAGCCAAUGCAGUAGAAGAUCAAUUGAGUGACAGACUUGAACUAGUGAGCGAGUUCUCGGAUUUUUUGGCGGCUAGACAUAAGGAAAAUGAGCACAGAGACAAAGACAGGUAUAAAGAUAAAACCAAUCGCAAAGAUGAUUUGAUUAAUAGUGAGGCCCUUUCGCUGGCUGAACCUUCUAUGCCUACAGCAACAGCUCUGACCGUAGUUCAACGUUCUUUGCACCCAACUACUAAUGCACGAAAACUGUUUUUUUCGUCAGCUGAAUUCGCACAAGCUCAAGUGCCUACUGUUCCAGCCAAUACUGCUUCAGCCAAUACUGCUAAACCUGGACAUCCACUAUCUCCAACAACUCAACCAGCACACCCUCCCCCUCCUCCUGCUAAUACACCUAAGCCUCCUCCCCCUCCUCUGGCUAAUACAGCAAAACCGAUGCCUCCACCGCCUCCGCCUCCAGCUAAUUCGCCUAAGCCUCCACCUCCUUCUCCACCUCAAGGUAAUCCGCCCAAACCAGCUCAGCCUCCUCCACCACCUCCUCCUCCACCAGGACAAAAAGUAACCGAUAUAGCCCUCUUGUCAACACUUAUGAGUGGCAGACCGCCACCACCAGCAACGACACCCGUGACUAGAACACACCCCAUUCCAGGCAGUUAUGAAGCCACACCUGAUCUAGGCAAGUUGGGAAAAAUAGGUGCAUUCCCAAACCGCGGCAUAAACGAAGCUCAGCAAAUGAACUCCAUGUUAUUAUUCAUUUUAUUUAUCUUUGUCAUCAUUUAUCUUCACCGCUAA